CGUAUUUCUUUUUAAUUGGCAAUAUGGCGACCUCCAUAACAAAUAAAUAACCUAAUAAUUUCUCUGACAGCCAGAUCUACAUUUCUGCCGAUAUUAUUGGAUAAAUCUUAUUGUAAACUAAUUAGUAAACAUGAAAUUGGUUUGCCUUUCCGACAACCCAAGUAAACCAUGCUUUGUCCUGUUUUUCAAAGGCGUGAGGAUCAUGCUAGAUUGUGGACUUGAUAUUAAACAAAUUUUGCACUUUGUACCUUUACUUGUUGUCCCAGGAUUCCAAGUUUCCAAAGCUCGGGCAUGGAGUCAAGGAGGAGAUAGACGAAAUCGAGUGUCUGAUGACGUGGCUCAAGAAUUAAAAGACUGCGGAGGUAGAAUAUUGGUUGAUGGAGCGCCUGAAUUUUCAAUACCUGAAACUGGUAUCAUAGAUCUGUCAACACUUGAUGCCAUACUUAUAUCUAGUUAUAGUUGUAUGUUGGCCUUGCCUUACAUAACAGAGUACACUGGAUUUAAAGGCACAGUUUAUAUGACUGAACCAACUCUUCAUAUUGGGAGACAAUACAUGGAAGAACUGGUGAAAUAUGUUGAAAGAAACCCAAAGUCUAAUGUUGCUUCACACUGGAAACAGGAAAACAUAAUCAAGAACCUGCCAACUCCUCUUCGUGAUGCCAUCAAUCCUAGACAGUGGAGGAAGUUGUACACACUGCAUGACAUCAAUUCCGCCCUAUCUAAAGUACAGCUCGUUGGAUUUAGUGAAAAACUGGACAUAUUUGGUGCCCUGACUGUGACUCCUGCAAGCUCUGGCUGUUGUAUUGGAAGUUGUAACUGGAUCAUCAAUUCGAAAUAUGAAAAGAUUUGUUAUGCUGCAGGAACAUCCACUCUGACAACACACCCUAGGCCAAUGGACCAAGCACCUUUAAAAAAUGCAGAUGUUCUCAUCCUGAGCUGCCUGACACAAACACCCUUGAUACUGCCUGACCCAAUGAUAGGAGAGUUCUGUGUCAAUGCUGCCGUGACUGUAAAGAAUGGAGGUAACGUGCUGGUGCCAUGUUAUGCCUCAGGUGUGACCUUUGACCUGUUUGAGUGUCUGUCCAUGCACCUGGAACAGUGCGGCCUGGCAGGUGUCCCCAUGUACUUCCUGUCCCCAGUCUCUGACAGCACCCUGGCCUACUCCAACAUUUUUGCUGAGUGGCUGUCCUCAGUGAAGCAGUCUAAAGUAUUUUUACCUGAAUGUCCUUUUCCCCAUGCAGAUCUACUGAGCAAGGGCAGGUUAAAAAACUUCUCCAGUAUACACACCGGUCUAACAACAGAUUUUCACACUCCCUGUAUUCUCUUUGCUGGUCAUCCAUCACUUCGCAUGGGAGAUAUUGUCCACUUUAUAGAAAUGUGGGGCAACUCUUCUGCUAACACCAUCAUAUUUACAGAGCCUGAUUUCCCUCAUCUAGAUGCCCUGGCUCCAUUCUUACCAGUUGCUAUGAGGGUGUGCUACUGCCCUAUAGACACAAGUCUCAACUUCUCCCAGGCCAAUAAAUUGAUCCGAGACCUGCGGCCACUACACCUGGUGGUGUCUGAAACAUACAUGCGGCCUCCAUUACUUGAGCCUUUGAGGAACGAUCUCACAAUUGACUUUGAUCCUUCUCCUUUGACUUAUAAGCAAGGUGAAAUUAUUUCCUUACCAGUCAAAAGACAAUUUGAAACAGUGGAAAUGGAACCUGAGCUGGCCAACACACUGGAGCCAGUGGAGGUCAAGCCAGGAUCAGCUGUUUCCAUGAUAACAGCCUCCCUGGUGGUCAAAAAUAACAAGUACAUUCUCCAGAACAUGCCCAAUGUGCCGUUGUCCAGGAAGAGAAGGUCAGAUGGCAGCCUGCUGUGGCGCAAGCCGUACAUAUUUGGAACACCAAACUUGCAUGCUAUUGUUGAAGCUCUCAAACAGCAUGGAUUUAAUUCACUCAAAGUGGAAGAAAAUGAAACUGGAUCUAUAAUUCACUUGGUGAAGGAGGAUUCAUUGAUCCAAGUUGACAGCAACUCAACCCACAUCAUUUGUGACAGUGAAGAUGUGCGGCUCAAAAUAAAAGAAGCCAUGUUAAAAUGUUUAAAACAGUUGUAAGAUGGUUUCUAUGUACAAUAAUGUAAAUAAACAGUUGAGUUCAUG